GUUAUUUCAAAAUGUACAAAGUGGGACCUCUUCAUGAAGAUCUGUGGAUAUUCGGGGUCAUUGCAGUAAUGUGCUAACCGUGAACUGGUUCUCGGUCGUUAUUUUCCUUUAUGAUUUGUCUCUGUUGCCGUACCUGAAGUCAAACAUUUCACGAAAGCCGUCGGAAUUUAUUUACAGCUUUGAUUGAACGAGAGAAGAAUUUCACACAAAAAUGAAUCUCGAUCCUGCGACAGGAGUUCCAUUUAUUGAACUAGAACUACACAAGGAUGGCACUAAGCUAGGUUUCAGUGUUGUUGGAGGUAUCGACCAGGAUAGCUCCAAGAAUCCAUUCAUUAAAAAUGACCAGGGCAUCUUCGUGUCGAGAGUUGCUGCAGGAGAGCCAGCUGAGAAAGCAGGGUUGCAAGUAGGCGAUAAACUAUUAGAGGUAAAUGGCUACGAUCUUACCAUGGCAACGCAUCGCCAUGCAGUCAAGAUCCUCACCAAGGAGAAAUACUCUAUUCUCAAGAUGAAAAUGACUCGUCAAGGAUUAAUGCGAAGCUAACCGCAUCAAUCUCAUCUGAGUCAUCUCGCCCUCCGAACAAACCUCCUCUCACCAUGCGGAAGUGCAGCAUGUCCCUCCAAUCAGCAUACACUGCGUAAAACCUGCAAGGAGUCGGUUCUCUUUUUGUUUAACGGUAAAUGAAUAUGGCAUUUGGAGUGCGUUUUGAUACGUUGGAAUGAUUAUAUUCAUUGUAGAAGAUGCUAGUCUUUGGAAGCCCAAGUUGUGUUAGUUUAGGCAUAGUUGGUAAAAUAAUUGUGUGAAAUAUUCCUAAACAGUAGUUUUAUGAAUAUUUCAAUGUCCCGUUGCAAAGUACUAUUGCAUCAAAGAGCUACAUGCAAUACAGGGUUGUAUUUCCUAAGAAAAGAAAAUCAUUCUUUUCCAUUUUAUACCGAUGUAUAAUAUUCAACAAAAUAAUUUUGUAAAUGGCCCUUUGCUCAUCCCCAUUUUAUCAAAUUGUUAACAUUGUCAUGUGUGGGUUUGAAUGUUAUAGAUAAAUUAUGUUUUUUUUUUUUUUUUAAAGAUAUUGAAAUAAAAUAUCUUGUUUUAAAACUAAGGUAGUCUGAUUGGGUACAAGAUUCUGCAACAUUUAACUAUUCUGAGAAUAGUCCUUGAGUUUUGUACAAACUUAGUUGUAGAAAAUAGAUUUGUUAAAUGUUGAUUCUUCCCAAUGAGAAGGUCAUUGACUACUUUUUAGUGUACAAGUAUAUUAAUGCAUCCACACACACCACUUUCAGGUUCUUGGUAUAUCCCUAUUUUAUAUUUCUUGUACCCUACUUUUUAAAUGUCUGUGGUUGAUUAAGAAUACAUUUUUAACAUUGAAAACUUAAUCAAAUGGAGUAUCCUACCCUGUUUUGUUAUCAUGCUUUUAGAAAAUAUUUAGAUGGUCAGGAAAAGAAGUGUGAUACUGCAGCUACAGUGUAACUACAGGAAAAACAUAAUUUUUUGCUUGUAGAAAGUUCUGUUUAAGAGCAUAGCAAAUGAGAAACAUAAAGGCAAAAUGUUGAAAGUACUUAUACCUGGUAGUUCUUUGAAAUUGUAGUGUAAGCAUACUUAAAGUAUCAUGUGCUAAAAAAACACAAAUGUGGAGUUGUAUUUUACUUUUAGUGCAAUUAUUAUUGACACAUACAAGUAUGUUUGUAUGUUUUUUUCUAAGACAUUCAUUGCAGUGAUUUGUAUUACUUGGAAUGAUAAAUAUCAUGUCAUUGACCUGGAUUGGAGAUAGAAGGCAAAGUACUCAACAAUUAAUGUUAUUCAUCAAACGUUUAUUCUAAGAUUUGAAAAAUCAUACAAUAAUACUGCUAAUAAAAUGUCAUUUUAAAGCCCCUAUUCAUAAAAAAAAAUACUUACAAACAAAGAGGAAUAUAGAGAGAAAUUGGGAAAAGAUGUGUUUUCAGACAUUUCUUGAAAGCUGCAAUAGUAUGGUAAUUUUGUAGUACAUUUUCCAUUACACUUGGAGGACAAAUUUAUUCUCUCUCUCUUAAUGUCUGUUCAUCUAUGUAUUCUAAUUGUAACUGUUUUGUUUUACUGGCAAUUAGUAUUCACUUUGAUUCACUUACCUAUGUCAAUCACUAGUAUUCAGAUGGUAUUUAUAUUCCACGAGAAUACUUGUCCUUUUAAGUUCGGUUUUAUUUGCCUCUCCCAAAUGGGAACCAAAUAGUAUGUCAUCCUUUUAGUGAUGAUUAUUGUAAUGUGAAUUUGAUUGGUAAUUUGAGCAUUGAAUUGAAUCUUUUUAGCAAAUGCUAUAUAUAUUUAUUCUGUAGAGUAUUUAAUCUGUUAUCUAGUUAUGAUGUUAAAAUUAAUGUCUUCCAUUUAUUCAAUUAAGCCGUGUGUUUAGCCAUAGUAUUAGUAGACAAAAGAGAACAUUUAGGUGUCAUGUCAUGUUUUUAAUGCUUUGCAGAUCUAUGUUAAUUGUUCUUUGGUUCUACCAUAUAUUUUUGUACCUUUGUAGAUAAUAUGUCUAUUUUUAAAGAAAAUUCUCUAAAUAGAAUGAUAGAAUUAAUGACAGAAUCUUCUAAGUAUUUCAAGAUAAAGUUGAGUACUGGCCAUGCAAAAACUGCAAGUUAAUGCAUGUAAAAAAACUAUGUGGAAGCGAUUAGAAAGGUUGAUCAUGCAUGUUGCACAUACACAUUGAUGUAUACUGUGGAUUUUUUGGAAUCAUCAAGAUUGUAACUGGGCUAGUCUUGCAUAGAGUCGCAUGCGCUGUACACAGAAAUGUGUAUAUGGGACCACACAAUCAUGUUGCAUGAAAGUGUGGACCACAACCAUUAGCUGUUACUUGUUAAGGGCAUUUGAAGAGGCAUCCUCCGGGCAUUUAUUCUUUUCAGGGGACAUUUUUUCUACGCUUCUCUUCCACACUGUCAUAAAGUGAUUGAAAAACUCACAAAUUAUUUGCCACCUUUCCAAGAACUUCACCUCUUUUAUCUGGACAAUAACAUUUGUUUUCAUUGCCAUUCUAGCUGAAAUUUGUUGUUUUUCAGGACUAGGACUGAAAGACCGGUUGAAUAACAUAUUUGUGCAUACUGUUUAAAGAAAGGUUUUUCUUGACAUCCUGAAAGCUUCCCGACAUAGCAACAAGUAAUGUACACAGACUAGAUUUCAAGUAUUGUAGUUGAUUCAUUAAUAACAGGUUAAUGGGUAAACCUUGUCACUAGGUCCAAAGAAGGACAAACGUCUAUAAUCUUGAAUGUGUUAGUAAACUGUUCUAUCAAAGUGUUAGGAAUUUCAGAAUGAUAUCUGAAUCUGAAAAGUCAUGCAGGUUUUCUUUUGAGGAUCCUGUCGUUUUUCUAAUGGCCUAUUUAGGAAUACAAUUCACUUUUCAAGCAAAUCAGAAAUUAUUAAUGUUAAAUUGUCUAUAAUGUUAAUCUGCAUUCUGCAGCAGUACAGUGUAAAUAUUGUGAAGUUUCCAUUUUCCAAAAGUACUGAUUCAAAGGAAUUUUCUUCCAUGGAAGCAGCUUGCCAAAGAAAAUGAGAUGUUAUUUUUUAAGGUUUUUUGAUAAUGACACAUAUAAAUUAUGUAAUUUUGGUUUGUUUUAAAUUGUAGGAAAAAAGGGCAAAAUUAUCAGUACUAAACUAAAAUGGAAAAAAAAACACUUAGAGAUUCAAGUGUGAACCAAUGUUUUAGCUUUAUACUUAUAUUCGCCAAACUGUUGUACUGUAUUCUGAAAUCUGUAUGUACUGUUUUAUGAAAUCUGUAUGUACUGUUUUAUGAAAUCUGUAUGUACUGUUUUAUGAAAUCUGUAUGUACUGUUUUAUUAUGUAUCGCAUCUUGAAAUGUUAGUUCAUUUUUACUGUUGUUUUUCAUCUCGUAAUUU